CCCGAGCCAGAUGGACCGCACUCCGUGCAGCCUGCAGCGUCCUUGUUUGCACUAUGUGUGAAAGUGGCCGAGAGAGCGGUGUGUGUCCAUGGGUCUGACUCCAGCUGUUGUGUGGAUCUGCCUGCUCGGUGCAGGACUCGCUCAGGUCCAGCCAUCAGCCACCUCCGUUACACCCUCUGAGACCCCACCUCGCCCCCCGACGAUCAUUGGCUGUGUAUUCAGAAUAAAAAGUAAUGUCACUUGUAGUUGGGAUCCUGGAGACAUCACAGCAAAAAACUACACCUUGCAGGUUCAGAUGAUGCCAAGUGGAAUAGAUUACUCAAAAACCAGCAGUGCUGUGAAGACCUUCACCUGCACCACAUCUGGCACCGGCUGCACGGCGGGACUCCACGGCUCUACUGUGAGGAUUAACUUCUGCAUCAGUGUCACGGCACACACUGGAAUCCAAAACAUUUCAUCACCGGUUCGAUGUCAGUCUGGAAGGAUAGAAGUGAUCUUGCCUCCAGGAGCUUUGAAAAGUGUUCAGUCCGUCCAGGAUUCACCCAACUGUCUGAAUUUAGUCUGGGGCCGCAACGUGUCUGCUUUCCCGGUAUCGGACUCCGAAAUCCAAGCUGGACACCUGAAUUCCCAAAUACAGUACACAACACACGAGCAGCAUGCCCCACUGGAGGUCCACGUCAGUAAUGUGACGGUGACAGGUUACAGCAUCCUGGUAUGUCUCUUCAGACCUGACACCACAUACAUCAUCCGGCUUCGCCACCGGUACCAAGGCCCGGCCAGCCCCUGGAGCCCCUGGAGCAACCCAGUUCAGGGAAGGACAGCGGAAGAUGCUCCAUCAGUCCCACCAGUGCUCUGGAGGAAAGUGAUGCACACAAACAUAACUGGAGGCAGACUCAUUUCUCUGCUUUGGAAGCCCUUGCCGCGUCUGCUGGCCAAUGGCAGAGUUCUUUACUACAAUGUGACCUGUCGGACAAAAAGCGCUCAGCCGCUGAGUGAUCACGGGAGCUGCAGAGAUUUGCAUCAUCCCAGUUUUUCCUGCAACUUGCUUCUCCCUGAUGGAUACUGCUCCUGCUCUCUCACAGCCUCCACCUUUGCAGGAACAUCCCCAGCAGCUCGGAUCUGGCUCCGUGGCACCUCUGAAACAGGUCUGCCGGCCCCAGACCUAAUCACUGCCACCCCGAUGAAUGACAGCAGCUUGGAGGUCCGCUGGACGUUUCCACCGAAUCCAUCGGUGAGCGGUUUUGUCGUGGAGUGGUUUGCUGUCAGAGAGGAACCAGGCAGCGUCUUCCACUGGGAAAAGUUGAAUAGUUCUUGUAGAAAGCUGAUCAUAACAGAGGGAGUGAAGCCGAUGGAGCGGUUUGCUGUUUCAGUCAAAACGCUGUACGGUGACCGAGGAGCAGGGAAAAACAAAACACUUCGCGCGUACACAAGGCAAGGAGCGCCCUCAGCUGGUCCUCAUGUGAGAGUGCAGCACAUCUCCGGCAGCACGGUGGAGCUCAGCUGGACGCCUGUACCUGUGGAGCUGCUUCACGGUUUCCUCUGCAACUACACGCUCUUCUACAAAACCAGAAACCAGUCAGCGAGGAGUGUUUUGGUUCCCGCUCAUGUUCACCACUACACUCUGGAGGAUCUGUCACCUGGCAACCACGACAUCUCCAUGCAGGCCAACACCGUCGCUGGCCCCGGACCAGUUGGAAACCAGAUUAAAGUGCACAUUGGCUCUGAUGAAGUCUCGAUAGUGACGUGCGUCGCUAUUCCACUCAUACUCACUUCGUUGGUGCUGAUGCCGAUGAUCUGCCUCAUUCAAAUGAAAAGGAUGAAACAGAAGUUGCAGCAAGUUGUCCCCAAUCCAUCCAAGAGCAGCAUAUCAAACUGGAACCCUGAAACAAGUUUUGAGACUAUGAGGCCGUUAGUGGUGCAAGAGAAGCCUGAAAUCAAUACCUGUGAACUAAUUUUGGCUGAUGAACAGUUGGACUUGAAGCAGAGCCACCGCUGUCGCAGCAUCUGUAGUCUCCUAACAUAUUCCUCCCACGGACCCACUCAACUCCCUGUUGGAAGUUCGGGGAAAGAAUCCCCCAGAACUUCAACUGAGGCCGAGGCGACUCCGGACGGUGAUUUUUGCUCUAACCCCUGCAUCUACUCCAGCAUCCUCCUCUCUCAGACUCCUCCAAACGAUCCCUCUCCCCUCCAGCCUCACUGCACUCGCCAGUCCACUGAACUUCAGCCCAGCACAAUCAGCAUCAAUGACCUGCCGCUGCCGCCAGGUGAACUCAGUUACUCAUACGAGUUCCCCGAUGAAAAGAAAACUCGCAGUGUCUUUCUGAAGCAGCAUCAAAGCCAUGUUUCUGCUUUGGACUUUAGCAAUGCAUCUCGUUCCUCUCUGUCACUUCUCACAGAGGUCGGCAAAUAUAAUAUGAUGCUUUCACUCCAGCCAAAAACCGUCAUCAGCCCAGAUGUGCUCUCUGAUGGUCUUAAGGCAUCAUUCUCACCUUUCCAUCAUCCCGUUUUUGUGGAUUUAUCUUAUCUUAAUGUGCAGUAUGAUCCAAGCACAUCCUCUGAUGUUUAG